GUUUAAAAUGUCAUAGCUAUUUGAAUGUUGUCACAUUAGGUUGUUAUAGCUCCAAAUGUUUAUUUCUUCUCCAUUUGGGACUAUGAAUCUAACAUACAGUAACGUGACUACUUAAGAAGAUCUAUUACAUUUUACAUCGACCCAGCCACUAUGCAAGUACAUAAAAUUUGCAUAACAACAAUCCUGAUGUUAAUUUUGAUUUUAAAAACUGUUUGCCAGAACUAUUUCUCAGCUUCUGAUAUUUUAGCUAAUUGAAAUAUUUUCUUGCCAAGAUAAACAAAUACACUAAUAUUUAUUGUUAAUUAGAUAAAUCUGGCUGGAAUUCAGUUUAUCAGAAGUGGGUGGUUCAUAUAUACAUUAUUUAAACUCCUCUAAUUUUAAAUCAGCAGAACGUUUUUUUAAUUUGCUUUGAAAAAAUUUAAUGGCAAUUUUUCCACAGCUCCCCUGAUUUUCUACACUAGUGCUUAAAUACUGUUGCAGCUGAAAGCUUUUGUUCAUAUGCAACCUUGAACUGCUGUACUUUCAAGUCCACUGUGGUAUGUGAAAAAAUAGUGGGUGAGGAGAAGAACGCUACCUUGCCCUUUAUCCCAGCAUUCCAAACGAGCCUAAGGUGCACAGGUGCCACACAGGGAAAUAGUUUAAAAGGACACUAUUCUUCACUCAAUCAUCUAUUUCUCUACACCAUCAUCCACCAAAGAGAAGGCAGCAGAAACUCAGUGGAACUCUGCCACACAGUCACACCUUCCUGUGAUGACAGCUGACCACGUUCCUUUGUCUUGCGGACGACAAAGGUAGAAAAACCAGAAGGCUGCCGCCAAACUUCGCAGGACUCCAGUGAAACUCCACGUUCGUGGAUGGUCUCCAACAGAGGCCUCCACGCCACACAAGCUGCAGCUGACCUACAAGAGGUGGCCGCCACGUGUCCGUGACCAACCCCUCGCUGUGGAGAGCUGCAGUGUGUGCUGGCUUCCUUAAGGAUGGCCGGCCGCACGGAGCACUUGGAAAGGAGGUGAUGGCUGGACCGAUGAAGGCCGACGCCUUGGUCCAUCGAAAAGGGUGCCUACAUGAUAUGUCCCUCAAUCCAACGCCCUGCACACUGCCAGGAAUCGCCUCUCCCGGGUUCGCGCACGGAUUGUCCUUCCCGCAGGCAGCCUUCGGGGCAGGGCCUCACCCCGGCUCCCCGAGCCGCUGCCCAGGCCCGGCCCGGCCCACCGCCCCCGGCCGCCGGAUCCGGCCCCGCCGGUCCUCCCCGCCCCGCGGCGCUGCGGAGCUCCCGCCCUCGCCCCUCUCUCUUCCUCCGCCGGCAGCUGCGGCAUCCCCGGGGCGGCGGGACCGGCAGCGAACCGCUCCGGCGCACGGCCCGGGCCGCCGCCAUCUCCGCGGUGCCCGGUCUCUGCCCCGAGCGAGCGCGCUGAGGCGGGGGCCGCUCGCCGGGCCCAGCUCCGGCAGCGCAGCCAUGCCGGCAGCCCGCGCCGGGCCGCGCAGGGCCGCUCUGCGCCCGCAGCACCGCGGCGGCCCGUGCGCGAUGAGCCGCCCACCCUUGGGCACCUUCUCCGCCCCGCUCGCCUCCUCCUCCCACGGAGCCACCCUCCUCCUCCGCCCCCUCUCCCUGCCAGCCUCCUCCCCGCCCUUCCCCGCGCUCCACGCCGGUGCCGGAGCCGCGCGUCACUCGGGCUCCAGCCCCGCCGCAGACAUGGCGACACUGACAGCGGUCCAGCCGCUCACGCUGGACAGAGAUGUUGCAAGAGCAAUUGAGUUAUUGGAGAAACUGCAGGAAUCUGGAGAAGUACCAGUACACAAGCUACAGUCUCUAAAGAAGGUGCUGCAGAGUGAGUUUUGUACAGCUAUCAGAGAGGUGUAUCAAUACAUGCAUGAAACCAUAACUGUUAAUGGCUGCCCCGAAUUCCGAGCCAGGGCCACUGCAAAGGCAACAGUUGCUGCAUUUGCUGCAAGCGAAGGCCAUUCACACCCGCGAGUGGUGGAGCUGCCAAAGACUGAGGAAGGCCUGGGCUUUAAUGUCAUGGGAGGAAAGGAACAAAAUUCACCUAUUUACAUUUCUCGCAUCAUUCCUGGAGGAGUGGCAGAAAGGCAUGGUGGCCUCAAACGUGGGGACCAGCUGCUUUCAGUUAAUGGAGUGAGUGUGGAAGGAGAACACCACGAGAAGGCGGUGGAGCUGCUGAAGGCGGCCAAGGACAGCGUGAAGCUGGUGGUGCGCUACACUCCCAAGGUGCUGGAGGAGAUGGAGGCUCGCUUCGAAAAACUGAGAACAGCCCGGCGCCGGCAACAGCAGCAGUUGCUCAUUCAGCAGCAGCAGCAGCAGCAAACUACACAGCAAAACCAUAUGUCGUUGUUCUCAAGAAAGAAGAAGCCUCAGUCAAGAGUUCAGUAAUCAAGCAACCAGAGCUGUACUCUAGUAUUCCAGCAAAAGCAAACAACUACAGGAACAUGAAACAGAAUUCAUCUGGAGAAUGUCCAGUACCAGACUAAAGUGAGCCAUAGGGAGGGUACCAUCAUGAUAAGGCUUUUCAGCACACAGCAGUCACAGAUACCUUUUACUUCAGUGACUCUGUUCCUAAUGAGAACAGCAUGAUUGGUAAACCCUAUGAAACAGUGAAGUUCAGGGCUUCCAAAUAAUUCUGUUUGAUCUCAUCUUGCACUCAUUACUCUGACAAAUUUCUAGUUGGCUUUCUCUAGUCACUGAAAGUUUUGUUUAAGGAGGUUAAGAUUGGCUGCUUUUGAGAGCAGGAUCUUUCUCUACAGUUAUCUCCAAAAAUGAAAAACAUCAGUUCCAAAUUUUGUCACAGACAUCAAACUCGUACAUCACGCUUCAUAACCACUUUGUACGAUAUAUUGUAGAGCUGUUUUAACCUAACUUCCUGUUUAUAAUUUUCAGAUUUCCCUCUGGAAAUAGCAAUUUACUAUAUUUAUAAAGUAUUCCAUUUGUAGAAGCAAUUGGCUUUUUACUCUUGGUGUUUCCAUAUAUUUUAUUAUGCAUCAACAGAGUGAGAAAGUUUUAGGUCAACUUUAAUUUUAUUAGUAGUAAAGUUAGGGAAGCCUAGAACUGUAUUUUUAAACGUAGGUAUUGCUUGUAUCUAUUAUAGUUACUAUUCAGAAAUCUAUAACUGGAUAUAUUAUAUAUUUAUUCCAUAAAAUAUAUAUUGUCUGAAUGUAUCUAUUAGAGAAGUAGGGUCUUUGCUUAGCAUGUAUUGCAAAUGUAGUAAGCUAAUGUUAGCAAAAGACCAAGCUUUGUUUGGCAGAUAUUACUGUGAUAGCAUAAUCUCUGCAUUUCUGUAUUGUUUAAUUUAUUUUCCAGUCUAAUGUUAAUAUAUUUUAGAGAGGAAGAAGUUUAUUUUCAGACUCACACAUUAUCAUUUAAAUCAAUUUGAAAUUAGAGUUCUUUUUUUUAAUUAAACCAAAUUGGAAUGUGCAAGUAAAAUCUGUAAGUUCUUAAGUUUACAUGUCUGCUUUUCCAAAGAAGAUAGUCAAAGUUGGAAGGCUAUAAAUGUCAUCUGCUUUCAAGAAAAUAAGAAAAUGGACCCCCAAAUCCUAAAAAAAAUGAUCAUUUUUACAUGCUUUUUAUAUUUCAUUAGAAAAUACUUGGAAGAGAAAAGGAAAUUAGAAGAAAACCAUACAGUCAUUGCAUGUUGAAAACUCCUGCUGAUGUCAGUGAAAGUUCAGUAAUGUGAGGAAUGGAAUGCAGAAAUGGUCAGAAACAGCGUUCUGGUUGUGAACUUGGAACAAAGUCAGAAACAAUUAAUAUAUUGGAGGAUCUAUUCUCAGACAGAGACAAAGCAAAAUGGGAAAUUGGCAGUAUCAUAACAUAUGUUUAAACCAAAUGCAGGGUAGCCAACAGUCUUGAGUGUUUGAUCAGUGUAAGUAGCCAUUGAAAGGAAAUUCGUGUAUUUUUAAAACCAAACAGCAUGAAUUCAUCUAGAAAAGUGUCAUUUUAUACAGAGAGGUAAUUAUAUUCAGCAGUCAUUGGUGACAAUAUCAAUUAAGACAGUGGAGUUUGAGAACUACCAGAACUGAAGAUGAAAUAUAUUGUAUUGUGCUCUGCACGGUGUCUUUUUAUACUUAAUAAAAUUGUACGUACAUAUUUUAAAACUGUUCUCAAA